AUGGGAGAUAUUCAAGAGUUGGAUGAAUUGGCAGAGUUGAGAGGGUUAGAUCAAGAGGAGAAGUCUCGAAAGGCAGAUUUGUUGAAAGAUUUGGAGAACACUUUGUUGUGUGAAGAGAUUUAUUGGCGGCAAAAAUCUAGAACUUUGUGGCUCAAGGAGGGGGACCGAAAUACUCGCUUCUUUCACAAGAUGGCAAAUUCUUAUCGCAGGUACAAUCGUGUGGAAGUGCUUCGUAUUAAUGGAGUCUUAUCUGAUGACCCAGUUAUGGUUAAAGAUCACAUGGUGCAGUAUUAUCAACAAUUAUACUCGGAGCAAAGUUCAUGGCGGCCUAGAAUGGACAACCAGCCAUUCCUGUCUAUUGAUGAGGAGGAUUACAGAAGUUUGGUGAAGAGCUUGAAUGCUACUUUCAUAUCUUUGAUUCCUAAAAAGGUGGAUGCGGUAGAGAUGAAGGAUUUCCGGCCCAUAAGCUUGGUGGGAGGGGUGUACAAAAUUUUUUCUAAGGUUCUCGCCUUCAGAUUGAGAACUGUCUUGGGCAAGGUGUGGUUUUGGGGAAAGGUGGAAGGCUUGGAUAGAAUGGUGUAUUACGUCGGUAAGAUUUUCCAUUCUAGUGAAUGGCUCUCCGGAAGGGUUCUUGAGCAGUUCGAGGGGAAUUCGGUUAUCAAAGCCAAAUACGAAGAUCAGGAAGGCGGGUGGUGCACGAAGGAGGUUUCGGGUUCUCAUGGCGUGAGUGUUUGGAAGCAUAUUCGCCAAGGUUGGAGUUCCUUUGCCAAAGGGUGUAGGUUUGAGGUGGGGGUGGGUUCGAAAGUUCGUUUCUGGCAUGAUACUUGGUGUGGAGGAACUCCUUUGAAGCAAGCUUUCCCUUCUCUAUUCAGCAUUGCAAGACACAAAGAAGCUUGGGUGAAGGACAAUUUAACUUGGAGGAGUGGGGUUAUAGAGUGGAAUGUCACUUUUGUGCGACAUGUUCAAGAUUGGGAGAUGGAGUUGGUUGCUCCUUUUUUUGAGCGAUUGUACUCGUGCAAGAUCUCUGUAGGUACGGUGGAUCGUAUUUGCUGGGCCUCGUCUAGGAAAGGUAAUUUCGAGGUUAAUUCGCUCUUCAAGGCCUUGUCGAAUUUUGGCCAUGAGAUGUUUCCUUGGAAGAGUAUUUGGCGUUCUAAGAAUGCUUGUAAGAUUGGGUGGUUCUUAGAAAAGGAGACUGAAGAACUUUUCACACUCGCUAAUGAGAUAUGGAGAAGCUUCUCCAGUCCGGGUGAUAUUAACACCGAACCCAGUAAUUCUCUUUCUGCUAUUAGUAUAAUUAUGGAGAGGUUCUACCCACGAAUGAAGAUGGGCAAUAUACUUGCUUCUCUUGAAGUCAAGCCUGGAUAUGGGGCAUACGUGAUUGAUAUCCAUAUUUUAAAGAAUAUGCCACAUUCGCCCAAAGAAAAAAUUUGGUUAUUUGUAGCACAAACAGAUAACAUAGAGACAUCUGCAUGCAUUAUAAGUCCUCCCAAAGUGAACUUUCUUCUGAAUGGAAAUCCCGUAGACAGAAGGACCAAUGUUCUAAUGGAAACUGGACCACAGUUUCCAACAAAUGUGACUCCAAUUCUUAAAUAUGGAACAAAUCUUCUUCAAGCUGUAGGCCAGUUUAAUGGUCAUUAUGUUAUUGUUGUUGCCUUCAUGAGUGUGAUUUCAUCAUCUGAAACUCCGGUGCUACAUGAUUAUGUUCUGCCUGUUGUAGCUGCAGUUGAUUCAGAUCCUGACAUAGUUGAGGGACCAUCGCGAAUAUCACUUCAUUGCCCAAUAAGCUAUACGCGAAUCAAGACUCCUGUCAAAGGACAUUCGUGCAAACAUCUUCAGUGCUUCGACUUCAGUAACUAUCUUGAUAUAAAUUCAAGAAGACCAUCCUGGCGCUGCCCACAUUGUAAUCAGUAUGUCUGCUACUUGGACAUUUGUCUUGAUCAGAAUAUGGCGAAGGUCCUAAGAGAGGUGGGAGAGAAUGUUGAUGAAGUGAUUAUCUCUGCAGAUGGAUCAUGGAAGGCUAUAAUGGGAAGUGAUGACCAUGUAGAUCAGGCACAUGAUGAAAAUGCCUAUUGCCAGAAAGAAAAGAUUGAAGGGCUAGAAUCUAGCCGAGUCUCAACUUCCCUUCCCAAUGUUUUGGAUCUUACUGAGGAUAAUGAUGAGAUGGAAGCAAUGAGCAGCUGUGAAACUGAAGACAGGAAACCUUUCCAGGCUAGUCUUCCAUUUGCUACAAAUUUAACUUUGCCACCAGAAUUGAACCCAACAAGUGGAGCUUGUCGUAAUAUUGCUAGUCAACUAGAGGAUGCCUUUUGGUCUGGAGUUUAUUUGAAUUACGGGUCCAUGAAUGCCAGUGCUAGGUCAAAUGCCCAAAGAGUUGGUAGUAUCUCUGAGCCUAUCCAUGCCAAUCUUAUGCAGCCUCCUGUGUUGACUGAUGCUGUUUCUCCUGCACUUAAUCAAGAAGCUGAGGGGCGUGGGAAUACUAAUUUCACCACCCCCAUAAUGCAAAGUCAAAAUUCGCCGAACAAUUUUCAGUUACGACAGUCACAAUAUGUAAAUUCUGUUGUCAACAACGAAUAUGAGAGGUUUUCAACAAUAAGCAGACCUGUGAGCAGGACUCCAAUAGCGGUUCAAGCCCUGCCAGCCCAGUCUAUGGCACCAAAUCCACAACAAAGACCAAGGAAUAAUUUGAAUUCUUUGACUCCAAAUGGUUCCUCGAUUUCUUCUCAGGUUACCCGUUCUGUGGCACCCACUACAAACGCUUUCAAUGCCAUAUGUAGUGACAUGGAAAGGCAGCAGCAGCUUAGAGCACACGAGAUUCCACUUCAGAAUCAGGAUCACCAAGAUGGUUUGUUCAUGUCAGCGCCAAGUCAAUUGCAGGGUCCUUACAGACCAUCUCCUCGGCGUUUAACUGAUUUCCAAAUUUCACACCUGCAUCAAACUUUUAACCCAAGGAUGCCGCAGCCAGUGGGUCAAUCUUCAAGACCAUCUACACACCUCCCACAAACCCAUAUCCAGCAAGGUGGCACACAAGUGGGAAUCAGUCAUGCAGCGGGUAGUACCAGUAACCAACAGGCCAGCUCGCUUGCUCAGCGACCUGCUGUCCAGAUUGGUAGACAGGCACCAUCUAUGCCAGUCGUAAAUCAUACAUCUAGAACUGGGCACUCUUUGGCAAUGAACACUGAUGGGAUCAGAGAUGGAAUGUGGGAGCAGAGAGGGAAUAUGGGAGGAGCGUCACAAGCAGUUCCAAGUGCUGAUGGUUUGCUGGACUCAACGUCAGAGCAGAAUUGGCGGCCUUCAGGUCGAAUGCGUGGAAGCCUGUCAGGUCAGGCUUAUUCUGCUGCUCUUAGCCGAUUCAUGAUUCAGCCAACCGAAACAGCUCAAACUGCAAGACCACCGACUAAUCUGGCUCCAGUAUCUAGCAUUCCACCGCAGCUGCAGGCGUUCAUUGCAAAUAGUAGAAAUGCCGGCAGUCCUCAAACACCUAAUACCCAAUGAUAGACCCAGCUGCUAUGAGUUGUGGUCCAAAUAUUCUGAGGUUGUACUAUAAUAUGCCAUAACCAAUUUUGUAUCCCACUGUCAGCUUAUAAAGCUGGUAAGUAUUUGAGAAUUUUUUGAGUGUAGCUUUUGAAUGUAUAUAUUUGUAGAAAAAACAGAAAAAAGAAGGGAAUCUGUUUACCUUCUUUAUCCUGACAAUAUACUUUGCAGUUAAGCCUCACAUUUUAAUAGGACCAAGUACAUUUUGUUACAUACUGGUAUUAGUAAUGCUAGCAUAUAUGGCAGCUUAUGCUGCUGGAAUUGAUAUAGCAGUCAUUGAUAUG